UGUGAAGUUGGACGUCUCGAUCAUUCGGAUCACCUUGAUCAUGACUUCGUUCGUGCGUGAGAUCCUGAGUGCCAGUGGAAAGUUGGGCGACAAGGAGGACUUCAUGGGCAAGGCCAUGCGUUUAGAGCGACGCAUGGACGACCUCCAGACCGGUCUGCGUCUUCAAAUGGAAGGCCAAUAUGUGGAGUUCGUGGCCUCGUUUUCGGAGACGCAAGCUCACCUCCGACAGAUGGAUGAGGCCGUGGCCGAGGUUGAGGCCCUGACUCAAUCCCUCAAAGCCCACCUCAAACCCGAAUUGGCCGAGCAAACACAAGAAAUGCAGGAUCUCUGGCUCAAACUCCAAGAUUUGGCCGCCUCCGUUCAGGUGGCCAAUCGGGUACGUCAAGCGUAUACGGAUCUCGAGCAAGCCAAAGAGUUCGUGGAGGAAAAGUCGUUCUUCCAAGCUGCCACUACGCUUGAAGCCGUCCAUUUGAACAUUAACGAUGAGUCCAUCGACCUGUCCGAGUGUGAUGAAAACCAAUCCAAAGCCUUUGAAGCCGCCAAGGUCGAGUACAUUCUCAUCAUGGAGCUUCUCCAAUACGAGUUGGGUAAGGAUUGGGAUAGUCAACUCGGUUUCGUGACCGAGUUGGAAGAUACCGAGGAUGAGGAAUCGCUCACUUCGGCCAAGCUGAUGCUGAAAUCCGAGUCUGACCUGACCUCCUUAGUCCAAGGCCUUCGCUCUAUGGAGUUGCUGUCCAUACGUUUGGGGAAACUGGGCUCCAAGUUGAUGCAAUACUUCUUUCGGCCCAUCAUGGCCAGGAAUGUAGCUGUGACUCAAGAACACGAUGGCGUAGCUCUCAGUGUUCAUGAGAUGAAGACCCGACCCGAGCCCCAAGAUGUUUUUGCAAACAUAAGUUGUCUUCUGGAAAAUCUUCACCGAGUUCUUGAUGUACCAAUUGACCAGAGCGAGGAUUCCAUGACUGCCUUCCAAUUGCUGGGUCUCACUUUCUCCGAAGACAUCGUUGAGAUGUUGGUCAAGGAAUGUCUCCUCCGGGCCGUUCCUUCUGAAGAUUCGGAGCUCAAGAAGUUUGAGGAUGUGUUGGAAAAUGCCAAGAAGUUCCGGGCCUAUUUGAUAGACAUCAAAUUCAUCGAAAGUGACGAGAAAACCAUUUUAGAAUUCGCUGCCAAUGUGGAUCGGACUUUUGCCGACAAGAAAGUGGCCGAGAUCUUGGGAAAAGCCCGUGAAUUGGCCAAACGAGAUUUAUAUCAGACUAGGACCGUCACUCCACUCACCACCCUACCCGACGACGAAGCUCAAGAGGUGGCUAAGAAACUCUUCGAUGUGGACAUCAAAUUCUCGGGAGCCAGUCAAAUGCUUAAAGAGCUCGAAUUGCCCGAUGGGGCUUCCCUCUAUGAGAGUCCAUUCAUCUUUCCGAAAUGCGAAGUGAGCGAGCACGUGUUUGAAAUCAUCGCUCUGGUGAGAUCCACUUUGGAGAAUGCUUGCCAGUCAAGUCUGAUGUUAGCUGGCAGGCUCCUGGAAGCUGCCCGCCUAAUAUUCGUGAUCUACCCUGAGGUGAUCAGGACAUACCACGACGACUCGUGGAAACAAUUCCCUCAGCACGCAGCCUUGGCCUUGACCAAUUGCCUAUAUUUGGCUCAUUUGUCUCCUAUGAUCGGGUUUGAAUAUCGAUCUAGAUUGCCAUCGCCCUUGAACGAGAACAUCCUGAGCAUGUCGGAUUUUGUGCGAUAUCUCCGAGACGCGGGCUUAGAGGUGUUUUCGUUUCAACUGGAUGCUCAACAGAAGAGUAUGCACGAGGCCCUCAAAGCCUCGGGGUUCUCGUCAAUCACGGGCGAGGCUGACUUGCCACCCAAGACGGAACAAAGUUUGCGUCAAAUCCUACAUCAACUUCAUCACCUCCGGAAAGUCUGGCAGCACGUCUUGCCCGCAGCUAUGUACAAAAAAGCCAUUGGCAGCAUAGCCAAUUUCGUCGUGGGCGAGCUCAUCAAUCGCGUGGUGGCCUUAGAAGAUAUCGCGGCCGACUCGGCCCAACAAAUCAGUUCCUUGUUCAACUUUAUGAAGGAAAAGCUGCCAGACAUAUUUGUGAUCGAAGGCCAAGACAAGAGUUCGAAAUACGACAUCCUGCGCUACCUCCAUUUAUGGCAAAAGUUUGAUGAACUCAUUCUGGUUUUGAAUGCCAACCUCAAGGAGAUCGACGACCGAUGGGCCAGUGGGAAAGGACCUUUGGCCUCGGAAUUUAGCGUCGAGGAGAUCAAACACCUUAUUCGAGCUCUCUUUCAAAACACGGACCGUCGAGCGGCUGUAUUAUCGCGCAUUAAGUAUGAAGCCUGAAAGUUCUGUUCCACCCGAAAUAAAUCCAAAAGUUGAG